GCCAGGCGAGGCGGGCUCGGCAGCCCCCCGGGGCCACGGGCGGUCGGGCGCGGGGCGCCUCUGUUCCGAUUCUCUCACGGGGGCGAAGGCUGCGGAUUUGGCGGCUGUCUAGUUCAAGAAAAGCUAAAAACCAGCUGGAUACACAAGAGGGCCAGUAUUCCACUCACAGAACACAAGACUAGCUGUUCUGCCUUUAGUGAGAGGAGAAUCCAGAUGUUACAUAUAGGACUUCAUGGUAACAGAGAGGGUGUGUCAUGGAAUAUAUAUGGACAACACCUCAAAAGACCUGUAGUUAGUUUAAGGAACUUCUUUAUUUUCGACCACUGUCCUAUCCCUGUUGACUUUCAAAAAUGGUUUCAUUCUUCAUCCCAAUCCAGAAUCGUUCCACCUCAAGGUUUCAACCAGAGGACUUUGACUAACUGUUCCUUGACCUGUUCCACAGAAGUACAGAAAUCAUGUUAUAAUCUAGGAAGUAGCUAUAUUCAGUUUUUUUCAGAGGUGGAUGAGGUUCUAUAUUGUGAGCCAAUAAGUCUCUCCACACUUUGCCUCCAUAGCAUCCAUCUUGGACUGGUUACUCAAAAACUUUCAGCCUCUCUUUGCCUUCCAUCAGGUUGUGCCUGUCUUCAAUCAUUCCACUGCCACAAUCUUCCUCAGAGGACUUGCGAGUGUAUUCCACUGAUUUGUGAGCUUCAAGGAAGACCAGACUUUCUCUGCACAGCUGCCAAAGACAAUGGUGACUGUCAAAUUUUCAAAUCUGUGACACUUGAGUGCAAAGUUGAGAAAAACAAGUUUGUCCGUCAAUUUUCACUGUUGUAAAGCAAGGGCAUAAGUCUUCCAUCAGCUGUCCCAGUGAUGUAUUGGUCUUGCCAGUCCAGGAGAAAUGUUUGGGAACUGCUGCUGCUGUCAUUAGAAGAGUUGAGCAUCCAGAGUUGCCUUUUGCUCCCACAGGCAAUAAGGGACAGGUGAGAAAUGACAGCACAAGAAGUGAGAUACGAUUAGGAAAACUCAAGGAAACUAGCUUACUUUUGCUGCACAAGAGUCCUGCUCUCUCCUACUUCCCCACGAUGAGUCUCAUUUUGAAGUUAGUUAUCUCCCCUCUUUUCUGUUUCACAAUAUUGUCAGGCCUCUAAUGUAGUGAAGAUUUAAGAUAUAAUAAAUUUGAGGUUCUUUUGGCUUUUGAGUCAUUAGGAUUCACAUUUUCAAGCUUUUCUCCAUAAGCACAAGGACUAGGAUUUUUUUCAAAUGAAAGCUGAAAUUCUCAUGUAAUUGCAAGACUACAGGAACCAGGACUUUUAAGAAUACUACCAAAUAUCACUGAAGUUGGCAACAUAGGUUUCAACACCGUGUUUGAAACUGCUGGUUUAUUUUUGAGGCUGGACUAACUUGGUAAAGCAAAAGAUGGAAGAGCAAUGGAAAAAGGAAGGUUGGGGUAAUUAGCCUUGCUGAAAGAAUAAAAAAAUCUUGUGUAAUUGCAGAGCCAACAAGACACUUAAAACCAUAAGUGGUCUGGUUCAAAGCUAACGUCUUGGUGUUCACUUACCUCUCCUCCAAAGAGGAUUUCAAUCUGUCAUGGAAAUGUUAUAGAUCACUUUGAUCUCUUCAUCAAAAGACAUAUACGUCUACUAGCACUAUCAUCCAUUCGUCUCUCACUGAGACGGCCAUAUUCUUGCUAAACAAUUAGCUUAACUAUGUGUGAAGAAUUUUGUGUGCCUGUUUCAUGAAUUUUUUACUUUUGUAUUUAAGGGCAGAACCACUUUAAGGAUAUACUUUAAUUUCUAUUGUAUACAUUAUGAACUUCACACUCAGCUUUUAGUGUGUUGCACUUACUAGUUUUCUGAACACCUUUCCCCUGCUCCAAAUGUGUAUCUUUUCACUUGUUACUUCUUUAAAAUUAUAUUUAUCCUUUCUAGCCUAAAUUCAGUCAAUAAGAACUUUGUUUUCCUUUUCAUUACUGAAAUCCUGUAUCUAUUGCAAUUAUGGCAUCAACCUGUUGACUUUUAAACUUGGGAAAAAAAAUAAAUACAGCAAUACUUGAAA